AUGGAAGAGGGAAGUAUGUUCAGAUCUCUGUUAGCGAUUCUUCAGUGGUGGGGUUUCAACGUUACCGUCAUCAUCAUGAACAAAUGGAUCUUCCAGAAACUGGAUUUCAAGUUUCCACUAUCGGUUUCAUGUGUUCACUUCAUAUGUUCAUCGAUCGGAGCGUACAUUGUUAUCAAAAUCCUGAAGCUUAAACCGUUGAUCGUGGUUGAUCCAGAGGAUCGGUGGAGGAGGAUUUUCCCAAUGUCGUUCGUGUUCUGUAUCAACAUAGUGUUGGGAAAUGUCAGCCUUCGAUACAUCCCGGUUUCGUUUAUGCAGACGAUCAAAUCCUUCACUCCAGCUACUACAGUUGUGUUACAGUGGCUGGUAUGGAGGAAAUACUUCGACUGGCGUAUUUGGGCGUCUCUUGUGCCCAUUGUUGGAGGAAUUCUUCUGACCUCUGUUACAGAGCUUAGUUUCAACAUGUUUGGAUUCUGUGCUGCCCUGUUUGGAUGCUUAGCUACUUCCACAAAGACCAUUCUAGCCGAAUCUCUCCUCCAUGGUUACAAGUUUGACAGCAUAAACACAGUAUACUACAUGGCGCCUUUCGCCACGAUGAUUCUCGGGAUACCGGCGUUACUACUGGAAGGCAACGGAAUAUUGAGUUGGUUUGAAGCACACCCGUCUCCCUGGUCAGCCCUCAUCAUUAUCUUCAGUUCCGGUGUGUUGGCCUUCUGUCUCAACUUCUCCAUCUUCUAUGUCAUCCACUCCACAACCGCAGUCACAUUCAACGUAGCUGGAAACCUCAAGGUUGCGGUGGCUGUAAUGGUGUCAUGGUUGAUAUUCCGUAACCCGAUAUCGUAUAUGAAUGCUGUUGGAUGUGGGAUCACGCUUGUGGGCUGCACGUUUUAUGGAUACGUGAGGCAUAUGCUUUCGCAGCAGGCGCCGGGAACUCCUAGGACUCCUCGUACCCCGAGAAACAAGAUGGAGUUACUUCCUCUUGUUAAUAACGAUAAACUCGAAGGCAAAGUCUGA